AUGGGGAAAGGUGUGCGGCGGUGGAUCUGGCUGUCGCGCAACGUGCGCAUACGUUUCCCGAGCAUUCAGGCGUUCGCCGUGCGCGUCCAACUCCUUGGACCAAACGCCGAGUGCUUCGAACAUGUGGACCUGGGACGCAUGCAACAGAGAGCCGGAACCAUGAGGAGAAGCCGACACCGUGCAAAUAUGGGACUUCUGGUGAUGUUCAGAUGGCUUGUAUUCACAGUGGUGGCGCCCGCCUGGCUGCUUGCUGCUCCGAGCAGCAUCCGUGAGCGUCCCUGCCCCCAGAGCUGUAGAUGUGAUGGGAAAAUAAUAUACUGCGAAUCCAAUGCCUUCCGUGACGUGCCGAGUAAUGUGUCUGUCGGCACGCAGGGCCUCUCCCUGCGUUACAACAGCCUGAUGGACCUCAGAGCCCACCAGUUUGCUGGCCUGAGUCAACUCGUGUGGCUCUACCUCGACCACAAUUACAUCAGUGAUGUGGACGGCGAGGCUUUACAUGGGAUACGAAGGCUCAAAGAACUGAUUCUCAGCUCCAAUAAGAUCACACAAAUUAAAAACAACACUUUUCACGACGUUCCGAAUUUGCGCAAUCUUGACCUUUCCUACAAUAAACUGAAGGUGCUGCAGCCUAAUCAGUUUGUGGGUCUACGGAAACUACUCAGUUUACAUUUGAGGUCAAACUCUUUAAAAACGGUCCCGAUGAGAGUUUUCCUCGACUGCCGCAACCUGGAGUUUCUUGAUAUGGGCUACAACAGGCUACGGAGCCUCACACGGAACGCCUUUGCGGGACUUCAGAAACUCAUCGAGCUUCAUCUGGAGCACAACCAGUUCUCCAAGAUAAACUUUGCUCAUUUCCCCCGCCUGACUAACCUGCGGGCGCUCUAUUUGCAAUGGAACCGUAUCAAACUGCUAACCCAGGGCCUGCCGUGGAUGUGGACCUCCUUGCACAAGCUGGACCUCUCUGGAAAUGAGCUUGACGUGUUGGACCCGAGAACAUUUCAAUGCCUCCCCAAUAUGCAGACUCUUAACCUGGACUCCAACAAGCUCAGCAAUGUGUCUCAGCAGACAGUGGAGGCUUGGAUUUCCCUCAUCACCAUCAGCCUGGCUGGUAAUCUGUGGUACUGUAACCCCAACAUAUGUCCACUGGUGGCCUGGCUCAAGGCCUUUAAGGGGAACAAAGAAUCUGCAAUGAUCUGUGCUGGCCCCAAGGAGGCCCAAGGAGAGAAAGUGACCGAUGUGGUGGAGACUUAUAACAUCUGUACAGUGACACCGGCCCCCAUCCCAUCAACGACAUUGACCCUCACUUCUGCAUUUGAACCGGAGCUGCUGCCUCUCCCCACACAGAAGAAGUUGAUCUGGAACAGUACAGCCUCCGCUGCUCCUUCCGAGGCCUCCCCCACCAUCCCUCUGCCAGACACUGAGUAUGUGUCCUUUCACAAGCUCAUAGCUGGCAGCAUGGCCCUCCUCUUAUCUGUGACGAUAAUUCUACUGGUAAUCUAUGUCGCAUGGAAGCGCUAUCCCAGCAGCAUCAAACAGCUUCACCAGCGCUCGGUGGUUAAAAAGCGGCAGAAACAUGCACGGGAGAGCGAGCGCUCCCUUAAUUCACCACUGCAAGAGUACUAUGUGGACUACAAGCCUUCACACUCAGAGACUAUGGAUAUGCUGGUUAAUGGGACAGGACCUUACACAUACACCAUCUCAGGCUCCAGGGAAUGUGAGGUACCGAGGCAGCUGAGUGCUCUGACGUUGUACAGGUAUGAGCAGUCGGUUCUGGAUUACUGCCAUGCCCACCUGUCGCUGCAGCUCAACGUGGGUAUGGAGCCCCCGACUCAGGCACUGGGAGCUCCACGGCCAGCCGAGUACCGCACGGGCACAUCGGCUCCCCUCCCCUCCGAGCCCGUGCUGCCUGGCCCCCAAACCCACUCCCACCACCAUUGA